CGCGCCUCUACUGCUGAGUUCCUCGAGGAGUGUUUUUGCAGCUUCCUAAAGAAGACUAACGCGUGUUGAGUUGAAGAUUAUGUUCAAACAUUGAGUCUGAGACAGGAGGCGCGAUGUGGAGAUUAAUCCCUGCAGAAUCGGGGACAGGUCCAAUCUCUUUGCUUGCCGGUAAGGAGUACGUAGUGGGACGUAAGAACUGUGACGUCCUACUGUCCAAUGACCAGUCGAUCAGCCGCGUGCAUGCCCACAUCACCGUCACUGAGCAGGCUGUGACACUGAAGGACAGUUCCAAGUACGGCACUUCUGUCAACGACAAGCGGCUGGAGACUGGCGCCACCAAAACAGUCUACGCUGGGGACAAACUGACAUUCGGGGUCUUUCAGAGCAAGUUUAGGCUGGAACUGGAUUCCGUGGUUGUUUGUUCAUCUUGUGUUGAUAAUGAAGGGAAAGCAGCUCUCUCCAAGGAGGUCCAGGCUCUUGGGGGGCGUCUGGUCAACACCUGGUCUCAGGAGUGCACUCACCUGGUCAUGCCUACUGUUAAAAUCACCAUUAAGACGAUCUGUGCGCUGCUGUGCUGUCGGCCCAUAGUGAAACCCCAGUUCUUCACUGAGCUUUCCAGAGCUGUUCGGCAGAGGGAAAACCUUCCUAAAGCACAGAGCUUUAGGCCGGAGAUCGAUGAGCCGAGUCUCAGUAAAGAGAAGGUGGACCUGGGACCCCGUCAGGAGAGAAAGACUCUGUUUGCAGGCAAAACCUUUGUCUUCCUCAACUCCAAACAGAUGAAACGCUUAAGCCAGGCCAUCAGUUUCGGAGGUGGAAAGAGCCAACUCUUGGAAGAGGGAGCUCUGCCUGUGUCACUCCUAGAAUCCAAGAAAACUUGUGUUGUUGAUGUGACAACUGGAUCGUCUCAACCUCUCAUACCUCCAACUACCAAGAAGUUUGCAGAGUCAAUCAGCUUGAUUCUACAAAGAAAUGGUCUACGUUUCAUCGCUGAGUCAGAGAUCGGAUUGGCUACCAUUUAUGUCAAUAAUCAGACACACUGCAAUCCCUGCUCGUCUUUAGAUUCCGAAUCUGUUAAAAUGAGGCCAGCGAUCCCUGAAGCAACACUUUCCCAAAAUGCAGCAGUGGAUGAGACUGUACUUCAUGGAGGCUCUUUAAACAUCACUGCCUAUGUUGUUAAUACAGAGCCAUCUCAGAGUUUCAGCAGGAAGGACAUAUGCGGGACAACAGCUGUGGGUGAGACCCCAGAAAAACGGUCUACAAAUCCAACGUGUCCAACAUCAUCCAAGAAGCCACCAAGGGUCCCAGAGCCACCAGCUGCCUGCUCUGAGCCUGUGUCGUCAUCAUUCAGCGAAGUCCAAGAAGAAAAGAGGUCUAAUUCGGAGGGCCAGAAGAGUGAUAGAUGUGCUAAAUUUACCAGUCCUUUAAGCAGUGCCACUUUUAAAAAAUCCCCACAGAAACAAGUGUCGCUCACUUCCUACUUCAAGCCUACCAACAAAAAGAGGCUGCGUGAGGGCAGUACAGACUCCGAACUACCUGAAGUCAAACUCUCCAGACUAGAGGAUGAGGGAAGCAAGGAGGCCAAGAACUCUAAUGUGGCUCCGUCUCUAAAAUCCUCUUCCACCAGAUUAGGUUCACAAACAGGCCAGAACCAGCAGAACACGACCUCACGCUGCAGUGUUAGUGGCAGUCUCGGUUUGGGUUCAGGUCUUGCCACAGAUUCCAGAUCAGGUAGCGGCAAACAAAAUCGGGGACUGGAUUUAGAUUUAGAUUUGAAUUUCAGCUCCAAGAAGAGGAAAGAGCCCGAACAGGACCCUGCAGCGCCUGCUGAUUUGGACGUUUCUCUGGAAGAGCUCGAGUCCAUCAUGUCUGUGGACAUGGACGAACCUCUGCAGCCCACAGCUAAUAAGAAGCAGUGUUUGGAGCAAGGGGAAAGAAGCACAGCCAGUGCAGGGGGGGAUUGCAGUGGUAUAUUCAGCAAGCAGAAGAGAGCAGAGGAACACCGAAGCACAAGCUGGAGCUCAAGCUGGAACUCAGAAAAAGACAGGCAGGAAUCAACCAGACGGGGCUCGGAGAGAAAGCCACGGCUCACAGCCAGUACUUCUCAGGGUCUGGAACGGGAACAGCACAGUUCAUCACACAGAAUUGAUGACUGUGAAACUUUAGAUGUCAAAGAAGAGCAAGUUUCUUUUCUUUUGGAAACUAAAGUCAAAGAUGGUUCCAUCAAACACAAUGAGGAGGCUGCGAUAAAGGAAGAAUCCAUGGGCUCAAGCUCAGGCUCUGGUCCUGAAAAAGAUCCUGACCUUCCUAGGAAGCUUUUGCAAGUCCAGUUCAUGUCCCUGACUAUGAGCGCCCCUAGCAGGACGAGGACCGAGCCACUACAGAGCCGCGAUCGCAAUGGAAAGAAUUUUAAACAUUUCCGUAAGGUCCCUGUUCCUGGGAUCCUGGGGCUCCCCAAAAUCAUCGGCGGCUCUGACUUGGUGGCUCAUAACCGAAGCAAGAACUCAGAACUCGAGGAGUGGCUUAAGGAUGCAGCUGAGCAAGAGAAACAUCAAGAACGAGAAGAGACUCUGGGUGAUGAUCUGUUCAGGUACAAUCCAAAGACUGUUAAAAGAAGAUGAAGAUUGUUAAUUUCCAGGUUUGCUGAUUUGAAUGUUAAAGCAGCACAGUUUAAGUGUUUUUUCCAAGAGUUUAAAAUUUAAAUUUUUAAUAAAUUUGUCAAAUUUUGCCGUUUUGCACUCACUUUUAAAACCAUCAUGAAAGGCAUGGUGUGUAUCGUUCGGUUAUUUUUUCGUAAGCCUUCACGUUUCACUUACAGACAGCUUUUUCCCCACAGCUAUUAAAAAAUCAGGCAUGUCCUACGACCAAUGAUUGUUAUGUACUAUUGAUAAAAUAGUGUUUCUGGAUGAGAAAAGUGAUAAUUUUAAGACACUACAAACACAGCACGUGAAAUGCAUGCUGUUGAAUGGCUGCCCAAAUUAAUGAAUGUUUUGUAUUUGUAUCAUUGAUUUAUAUUUAAAUUUUCGUGAAGCAUGUCGGUAAAGAAAAGCUAACAUGAAGGUUUCACGAAAUGCAGCGAAUAAACAACACAUUAACAUAACUAAUGUUCUCUCUGUUUUUAAAUGAUCAAGUUGAAGCUUAUAAUUAUUACAGUUCUGUAUUAACAUAAAGCCAAAACACACAUCAAAGUUUCAGAAAAAUUUUAUUUGUCCCUAAUAAAAUGAUGUUUACAAAACAUGUAUC